AUGUCAACAUCUUCUGGGAGUGGAAGUAGACGUAAUCGGUUGAAUCUUACACUUCCGAGUUCUGCUAUCCAAUCAUCAGAUAAUUGUUCUACAACAGAUAGAAAAUCUGAAGAACAUGUCACAAAUGCCGAGUUGAAUAAAUCUUCAGAUAGCUUACAAGAAUCAUUACAAAGGAAUGGAACUUCAAAAGCUACAUCAUUAUCAGAUAAAUUAGAUGAUAAUAAUAAUCUAACGAAUUCAUCUCAACCUGUGAAAACAUCUCAACAAACUAGUAUCUAUCGACCAAGUGCUCAUCAUUCACAUCCACAUUCUGUGCAUCGUAGAAUCCCACCACCACUCACAGAUCUUCGUUUGUCUCCAAAGAAAACCCAUACGCCGUCAAACGAUAAUGUAUUUGGCUCGAGAGGCGAUCGAAACAAUGAACAUCGUUAUUCAAAUAGGAUCAGCACAGGACCUGUUGAUGUUGCUGAAGUGUAG